UUUUGAAAAAGUUGGAGAAAAAAUUAUGUACAAAAAGAAUUAAAAUAAUGUUUAGUAGGGUAUUAACUUCUCGUGUUUCUGGCCUGAUGGUCUUUAAUACUGCACAGACAACAUGUACAAGACUUUCAGCGGUCCGAUUUCUUUCUGCAAAGAAAGGUAAAGCCAAAAAAAAAGUUGGAGGAACAGUGGCUUAUGACCCUGAGUUGGCUGAGGGAUUGGUUGACUUUGAUAAAAUAAGAAGAAAUAUGGAAAGUACAGUGGACAAGCUAAAACAGGACUUUACAACCAAAAUAAAUGUACAGUUAAGACCUAACUCUUUUGAUACAAUACGUGUCCCUACGGACGAAGGUAAAACUAUUCUCAGUGAACUGGGGGAAAUCAAGUUUAAAGGAACUGAAAUGUUUGUUGUGGACAUGUCUGCUUCUCCUGGGAGUACAAAAGCAGCUGCACAUGCCAUAAAAGAGUCAACUGUCAACUUGGAGCCAGUAAUAGAUGGUCACUGUAUAUCUGUUCCCAUUCCUAAGGUUACUCAGGAAUACAGACAAAAUUUGGUAAAGUUAGCUAGACAAGCAAGUGAACAGUCUAAGCAAAGCAUAAGAAGGGUCCGGCAAAAAGCUAUGGGAGAUGUAAGAAAGAACAAGAAAGGACGGUCAGAGGACGAUAUCAAGCUUGUUGAAAAAAUGAUUCAACAACUCACUGAUGAAUAUUCCAGUGAUACAGAUCUUUUAACAGAAGAAAAGACAAAGGAUUUGCUAAGAAAAUAGAAUUAUUUGCUCCUCUUCUGGAUUUUUAAUUUUUUAUUAUUCUAUGAGGGACUCUUCUUCAUUUAUUGGGGAGAAGGAAGGAGGGGGUAGAAAGAAAUUGGCAACCUUUGAAUUUCUUUUCCUAAAAGAAUUAGGAAAGUCCUUCCCAAUUUCAAUCCCCACUCCGCAGCACCCCACAAAUAAAAAUUCAACUUCUUAGAAUUCAAAUAAUAUCAAAUGCUUGAAAUAAAGGUUGUUUGUUUUGA